UUAAUUUCAAAAAAUAUAUAUUUUCAAUAAAAAUAAACGAUUUUUUUACAAUUUUGGCCUGAAAAAAAACUAUAUUGCUAAAAAGAAAACAAAAUAAAAUGAUGCGUCAAAGACAACGUAAAACAAUUGAAGAACUUUAUGGCGGUAAAUUUGAUGCAGCAAAAUCUCUAGUGACCACGGCCACACAACCAAAUAAUGUUCAAAAGACAGGACGUGUUACAGAGCGUGAUUGUGGUUAUAUAAUCAGCUCUAAUACACAUUACAAUGGACCACCACCCACACCAUCCUUAGGUGGUGGUGGUAAUACAGCUGCCAUAAAACCUCUCAAUUCUGGUAAAGAAACAUCUAGGCGCAAAAGUGCUAGAUAUUCCAAUAAAAUGAACAAUGAAAAAAAUUGUGGUAAGGAAAUCCAUACAAUGGAUGAAUCAUCCAUGCAGGCAACGAAGGGUGAAAAAAUAACAUUUAUUUCACCUGUUAAUACAAAUAUGUAUGACAAUAAGACAUAUUGCAACUACAAAGAGAUACCUGCUGUCACUAAUAAUGUGCCACAACAUCAUCAACAUCACCAUCAUCAACAUCAGCAUCACAAUCAUAAUAAUCAUAAUGUUCAUGAUGAGGAUAAAGAUGAUGAUACCGAUGAAUUCUUUGAGCUAAUACGACGAACAGUUGAAAGUGCUAUUGGAAAGUCUAUAUCGGAGCUUUUAAAUCGAAAUUUUAAAGAAUUGUGCUCUAAGGUAGAACGUUUUUCAGCCGAGUUAAAAAAUACUAAUGCAUUGUUAAGUCAAAUGCAAAAUGAACUAAGUAACAAAACUAUGGAAACUUAA